GCGACGUGCGUGUUCUUUAGGAACUUCCAUCUCUGGUCUUGCCAAGACGAUUUCGUCUGGCCACUUCCCACCACCAUAUUCAGCCAGUGAAAAUGCGUCUAACUGGAUUAUCCUCUAUCAUCCUCCUGGCAGCCGGUGCUGUCCAGGCUGCGUCGUCGUGGAGCUUUGACGAUGGCAGUGUCUCCGUCAGCAGCAAGAAGGCCGCUGGUGAGGCUACCAGAGAGAAAUUCGGCCCUAAAUCCCCUCUCAAAUCCCCCCUCACCCUCAACGCUCAGGAUACCCUCACAGUCAGCUUGACGGCCAAGGACAGCGGCAAGGCGAAGCGGCCUCACCAGGCCUUUCUGCUAUUGAAGGACGAGAGCGGACUGGAGGCUCCCUUCCCAUUGAGUGUUAAAGACAGCGGCAAGGCGAAAGUCCAGAUUACGCAGAAAGACAUUCCCGUGCAGUUCCUCACGUCACCCGACCCUGUCCACGCAACCGUUGUCAUUGGAUCCUUUGGCUCGGCACAGGGUGUCAUUGCCGAUGCAUUCGACGUCGACAUCAAGCAGGACUCCAACGCACCCGCGCCCGUCAUUCCCUCCUCUCUGCGCUAUGGCAAGAAGCCUCAGAUCCAUCACAUCUUUCGCGAGGAAACAAAGUACCCUUACAAGAUCUUCUCAAUCUUCUUCGUGCUAGUCAUCGCCGCUACACUGCCAGCCCUCCUCGUUGGUUGGUUCGGUUUCCUCGGCGCGAACCUCGGCAGCCUUCCCAAGGCUCUUGGCGCGGCCCCGCUGUCCCAUGCGACCUUUUUCGGCUCGGUCCUCGCGAUCGAGUUUGUGUACUUCCUUUACCACCGCGGCAUGCCUCUCGGCCACAUCCUUCUCCCAGUGGCUGUGCUGGGCACGACUACUGUCUUGAGUGGGAUGAAGGCACUGGGUGAGGUUCAGAGCCGACGACUAGCUGGCCAGCGAUAAACAGAUGGUCCCGAGGUACAGCAGGACUUGCUCGUACGUGGUCUGGUGGUGGUGAGGGGUGGAAUGGCCGCAGGCAAAGGGCCUGAAAAAUGCGCGCGUACAAAACAUCACAAUGCAUGGCGACAAAGGUUUCAGAGACUGGACUUGGAGAAAAGGCAAGCAGCGGACUCGCGGCCUACAAGACCUGGGCAGCCUGGUGCGAGUUUGAACGCCCUUGGGCCUUCCUUAAUGGAAUUAUAAAUGAAGCCCGCUGUCUGAUCGUCGUCUCUACGAGAGCCCACUAUGCCUAAAAGACCAGCGCCGGAGAUAAAUUGUGUAUACGGUACAAAUCCAGUAGAGUACAGAUCAGGGGAGGACCAGGCGCGCCUCAUUCAAGCCAUUCAUCUCGUCUCUGUCAGUCCCUUUCGCCUCUGUCAAUAUCUCCACAGACGGUCUUGGCUGGUUCGGGUGCUGGCUGACAGUCUCGUAACUUGGCGGCGGUGCCUGGCGCUGGACCUUGUGAAUACGGCUUUCCCCGAAGGCAGCUCGGGCUGCAGGAUAGUCAUCCUCCCAGUGCUCACCCCGGGGAUCGGGCAGAGCCCGGGAGGCCGACGAGCCCUCGUCAUAGUCGCCAGGGCUGUAGCUGCGUUGCCUGGUGCCAUGGAUGGUCGCAGAAGGGACAGUGAUGGGCUGUCUGUAGCCAUAGCCGUGCUUCGCAGCCCGGUGGAAGUCCCUCAUGGCGCGCCGCUCGUACCUCCACUCCCGCCUCGCGUCGUGGUGGGACAGGACGGGCACCGCCGCAACCACUGGGGCCACAAUGCGGACGUCACGGCUAUGAGUGGAACCUCCUGAGCAGAGGAUGCCGUCGCGGCAGCUGCAACGGGCAUGUCGUGGUGGCAGGGAGACGCCAACGGGGACAGGAUGGGCCGCGGGCUUGUGGCUGUGUUUGUACCUGUCGCCCUCGAUAAGGCGUGUGAUAGUGCCGAUAAAGAGCAUUUUGAGUUGUCGCCUCGCGUGGGUUCUUAUUCAAGCAGACAGGAUAUAUCAAGUCUUGUGUUCAGGUGUUGGAAGUCUUGGUGGUUCGUGUAAGACGGGAUUGAUGGCGAGAGGCCACAAGACAUGACAGAGGCGACGAGCGACAUUAUUUAUAUUGUCCUCGCUCUUCUAUCCAUUCCACAAAACAAACUCUAUCACGCCUUGCCGC